AGUCCAUUGGCUCCUACAGGAACUGAUUAGCAGACUCAAUAAAUUCUGCUGUUUGGAGCUCCUGUGGAACUCUUCUCAACAUUCUGCUUUAGUCCGGAUCUUAACUCUUCCAGCUUAUAAUACGACUUGGAAAAUCUCAGAAACGCAACCCGUGGAGAAACUCUUUCAUCAACAUGCCGCAACGAAAAUGCUCUGUUGAGAUAAGCAACAACUCUAACAACUACACUUUAUCCCAACCAAGGCUGUUCCUGGAGAGCGGCCACUGUGAGAUCCCUCUGCCCCCCAUGAUCGGGCCCUGCUCUGCUGUCAGGACCCUUUUCAACAAGACAACAGGAACCGCGACAGGAGCCGUUGGUGUCUUCACCUACGACCUUUUCAAUGCCGACUUGAACGACUACAACCAUGUCAUGGCGGUAAUGUUCUCCGUGCCCUACGAUCGAAACCUUUUCUGCAACUGGUUUGCUGUGGGAUUUUUUGGAAAGCAGAAGAAGUGCGACCACCGUCUUUUUAACAGUAUGUACAAUGGAAGUGAGACUCAUUUUGUCAGAGGAAAGGCUGAUGGUUCGUGUAUUUCUUAUGAAAGUGACUUCGUUGUUGUCAGUGCCUCCAUGACCGACUCCGUUGAAGCCGUCCUGAGAGUGGACAUCAGUGAUACUGGCAUUUAUUAAGUCUAAACGCAUAACAUCGCUUGACAUUGUCAGCUAAAUACCUGCUUAAAUUAUUGGGAUUUAGCAAUGUUUCAUUAUUGCAAAGGAAGUCUUUGUGCAGAACUGUUUAAGAUGUCAUUUUUCCAAAAAUAAACAAGUGGAAAAAUUAAGUUCAGUAAAAUAUUGGAACUGAGAUAACAGA